CUCUAUUUGGACAGUCAUUCCCAAUCAAUUCAGAUUUGUCCUCUUUUAUUUCAGGAGGAAUCCUGGCGGAAUUUACGAUCAAGACAGAGCAUUAAAGAACUAAUCGUCGCCAGUGGAAGUCUGUCAGUUGAAAAAUUCAGAGGACCUUUCCUGAAGACAGUUUGGAGUGAGAUCCUCGACGCUCUUAACCCUGCCACCGUGACCUUGGACCCAGAGACGGCAAAUCCCAGACUGGAAGUGUCCGAGGAUCGGAAGAGCGUGAGGCUGAGCGGGACCUGGAGCAGCGUGACCGAUACUGACAAGAGGUUCACAGAGUGGGCGUGCGUGCUGGGGUCCGAGGGGUUCAACUCGGGGAGGCGCCACUGGGAGGUGGAGGUGGCGGGGAACCAGAUCUGGAGCCUGGGAGUCGCAGCCGAGUCGGUGGAGAGGAGAGGGUGGGUGGGGGUGGUCCCGGAGAACGGAUUCUGGACCAUUGGGCGGGUCGGCGGGGGCUUCUACGUCAACACCUCGCCCGGGUUCCCCCUCCCGGCAGACCCCAUCCCCGGGCGAGUGCGGGUCAGCCUCAACUACGAACCGGGUAGCAUUUCCUUUCACAGCGCGGACACCAAGUCCCACCUCCACACCUACGCUGGCAACAAAUUCACGGAGAAACUUUACCCUUUCUUCUGGACCGGCGACGAGAACAAGUGGCUGAGAAUCUGCUCCGAUCCCGAUCCGGUUGUGUAAAAAAAAAAAUGGGAUCAGUUCCCGGGAGCGGGGCUCAGGGGCAGAAAUGUGGACGACAGACUCGAUUUAAGUCGAAAUUCCGCGUCUUGACAGCCCAUUCAUUGAGCCUGUAAAUAAAAUGAGAACAAGUAUAAUGAGAGAAAAAUAAAUUUUAAAAAAGUGUAUUAAA